GGCAGGCAGGCGGGCGGGCAGCGGCAGCAGCAGGUGCGUCCUCCUCAGCAUCCCCGGCUGUGUCUCCGCCCUCCCGCUGCUCGCUAUAGGCUGGAGGAUUUAAGCGCGCCCGCCGUAAUGAUGAGGGCUUUCUGAGACUGAUUGAUUUCAAAACUUGACGGGUUUCGAGUUUCGCAGGUAAGACCACUUCGAUACGGUUCCAAAGCGCACAUUCAGGCCAAGUUAGUCUGCGUGGGAGAUCAGAGGGGGUUAACCUUUAAGAUGAACCAAGAGUUGGAUUACGGAGGCUCCGGGAGCAGCGGGAACGGAAAGCUGCGCCAGUGGCUGAUCGAGCAGGUGGACUGCGGCAAAUAUCCCGGCCUGGUGUGGGAAAACGACGAGAAGAGCAUCUUCAGGAUACCGUGGAAACACGCCGGGAAACAGGACUACAACCGGGAUGAGGAUGCCGCGCUUUUCAAGGCCUGGGCGCUGUUUAAAGGCAAGUUUCGGGAGGGGAUCGACAAGCCGGACCCGCCGACCUGGAAGACUCGCCUCCGCUGCGCCCUCAACAAGAGCAACGACUUUGAGGAACUUGUGGAGAGAAGCCAGCUGGACAUCUCAGACCCGUACAAAGUCUACCGCAUCAUCCCCGAGGGCGCCAAGAAAAGACCCCGACAGGAGGACAGUCCUCUGAGUCCAAUGAGCUAUCAGGUGCACCCCUAUCCAACGCUGCAGACUCAGAUGCCACAGUACAUGACCACACCAGAAUGUAGCUGGAGAGAUUACUGUCAGGAGCAGGCCUCCCUGCCUGACCUGCCCUUCACUCAGUGUCCCUGUCCCCCCCGCAGUCUGACAUGGCAGGGCCCGUCCAUGGAGAAUGGAUAUCAGCUCAGAGCCUCAAUUUACUCGUACAGUCCUGCUGAUAGCCAGCCCUCGCCUUUUAUGGACACCAGCAUCAGAUCAGCGGAGGCACUCUCAGACAUCCGCAUGCUUGUGUCUGUAUAUUUCCGGGACGCUCUGGUGAAGGAGGUGACCAUCUCCAGUCCAGAGGGGUGCCAUAUCACUCCGUGCUCCCCAGAUGAGAAGCACUACCUGCAGCCUGGAGUUCCUGAGGUGGUCCCCCUGCCUGUGGACAGUCUCUCAGCCCAGAGGAGGGCAGAGGAGUGUCCGCCAAGUUCCCCGUCCACCCUGGAGAGGGGCGUGUUACUGUGGAUGGGCCCAGACGGACUCUACGCUCAGAGGCUGUGUCAGAGCAGAGUGUACUGGCAGGGAGGAAUGUCCCAGUACAGAGACAAGCCCAACAAACUGGAGAGAGAGGUCACCUGUAGACUCCUCCACACGCAGGAGUACCUUACAGAGAUCCAGAGUUAUGGGCUCCAUGGUCGGCCGCCACCUCGUUUCCAGGUCCUGCUGAGUUUUGGAGACGAGUGUCUGGAUCUGCAGAGACAAAGACGGACCCUCACUGUCCAGGUGGAGCCGCUGUUUGCCAGGCAGCUCCUGUACUACGCCCAGCAGAUGGGCGGCCACUACUACCGCAGCUACGAGCACCCGGGAGUCACAGACCACAUAAACACCUCUGAGGACUACCAGAGGGCCAUCACACAUCAUCACAGCACCAGCCUGCAGGAGUGAUCUCAGUAGGUUCAAGUGACUGUUGAAAACUUCAAGAUGCAGCAAUUACAUUAUUACAUUUCACACAGGAGACCAGGAAACUCUGAGACAAGAGGACAAACCUGGACAGUAUUAUACAUAAAAUGAUGGACAUUUAAGGAAACAGUUACUGUUUGCCCUGUAGGGUUCUACGUGUUUGUGUGUGUGUGGCUGGAACCGAAGUUGCAGUGUUAUUUUUUUUUACUUACUGUGUUUGUAGGGCACCAUGAAUAUUUUCCUACUGACUAUGCAAAGAAAACUGACAGCUUAGGUGAUUGUACUGUAGAAAACUGUGUGGUGAAUUUUAGUGCCUUAACAGGAUAGUUUGACAUUUUGGGAAAUACGCUUAUUCACUUUCUUGAUGAGAAGAUCGAUACCACUCUCAAGUCUGUACACUAAACAUGAAGCUGGAGCCAGCAGGCAGUUAGCUUAGCUUAGCACAAAG